AAAUUUUGGAUCGUUUUCGGAUUCGAAGACCCAGACGGAGAGGAAAAGAAGAAGAAGAAGAAGAAGAAGAAGUUCAGAGAAGGUGCGAGAAGACAGUGCGUGACCGGCGAGCUUCAUCGUCAGGCUCUAGCUUACUUUUGGCCGAUAGCAAUCCAGUUUCUGCGAGUCAGUAUCUUCGUUUGAGCUGGGAUUUUGCCAUAGCAAUCGAGUUUCCGGGAGAAAUUACUGACGGAAAGCGCGGGGAAGUCUUUCGAGCUGGUCGCGAGCUUCGUGUUUUGCUUGGUGCUGAGAUUCUGAGGAGACAAAAGUAUGGGAGCUGAAACAGAGGUUGUGUGUCAACAGGGCGUGCCUGCACCGGAAGUGCAGUAUUUCACGGCCGUGAGAGGGAGCCCGAUUGAAGAGCUGGUCACCAUCUCCUCGCCUCUCUCGCAUCCUCCCGUCGAGAGGGUUCGUGUGUCGGAGGCCGUCUCCGCCGAUGUUCCCGCUUCUCAAGUGGAAAUCACACCGGCAGAUAGUACUCCUGAUGCGUGUCUGGAGUCAAUUGUUCCGCAGUUUGUGCCUAGUAUUCGUUCUGGUAGCUUUGCAGACAUUGGACCCCGGAGAUUUAUGGAAGAUGAGCACAUUUGCGUGGAUGAUUUGUCCACGCAUUUAGGAUCACCCUACCGGUUUCCUAAACCAAGUGCUUUUUAUGGGGUAUUUGAUGGUCACGGAGGAGCCGAAGCAUCAGCCUUCAUCAGAAAAAAUGUUAUCAGAGUCUUCUUUGAUGAUGCCAAAUUUCCUCAAUCGUCUGAAGUUGACGACUCAUACUUGGGUGAGGUUGAGAAUUCUCUCCGAAAAGCAUUUCUUCUGGCGGACCGUGCUUUGGCGGAUGAUGCUAGCGUCAGUAGUUCUUCUGGCACUACAGCUCUCACUGCUUUGAUACUUGGAAGGCUUCUCAUGGUGGCCAAUGCUGGUGACUGUCGUGCAGUUCUCUGCCGGAGAGGCGAGGCCAUCGACAUGUCCCAAGACCAUAAACCAAUAUACCCUUCAGAACAGAGGCGAGUCAAAGAACUGGGCGGUUUUGUUGACGAUGGAUACCUGAAUGGCGUCUUAUCGGUCACUCGAGCCUUGGGCGACUGGGACAUGAAGUUCUCUCGGGGCUCUCCCUCGCCUCUGAUUUCCGAGCCAGAGUUCCGGCAAGCUCUGCUAACGGAGGACGACGAAUUCCUCAUAAUAGGUUGUGAUGGGAUUUGGGACGUGAUGUCCAGUCAGCACGCUGUCAAUGUCGUGCGCCGUGGGCUCCGCCGGCACGACGACCCAGAACAGUCCGCGAGGGAUCUCGUUAAGGAGGCGCUGCGCCUCAACACAUCCGACAACCUCACGGUGAUCGUCGUAUGCUUCACACCCCUCGAUCAUCGGGAGCAGCCGUCGCCUCGGCCACGUAGGUUGAGGUGCUGCAGCCUCUCGGCCGAGGCGCUCUGCAGCUUGAGGAACCUGUUGGAUGGCAGCGGCGGCCAUUGAUCGUGGAUAAACGAUUCCUUCUGUGAAACUUCCCCGGAGGGAUCUUGGAAUUGCAACUGUUGCUUCGGCUUGCUUCAAGUGGGGUUGGCCCCGAAGAAGAGCUGGUUGCAAUUUCGUCGAGUCUUACAACUUUGGUCCGUUGCUUCGCGUACAUAAUCUGUAACGAGGGAGACCCGCUUCGAUGGUGUAGCACAACUGAGUUUUGGGUCGUCUUGUCCAUGGAUGACCUUUUUGAUGUUCUCAUUGUUUUCGGCGGUGGUGUUGUAUAUAUUGCAGUCCGUAAUAAAAUCAUUUAUAGCUUUGCGCUCCG